AUGCGGUGUAUCAGGUUGGUGGAAUACAAGGUGCUCAUCAAUGGACAACCGCGGGGAAAAGUUAUUCCGAAUAGGGGAUUACGUCAAGGGGACCCGCUCUCCCCCUUCAUUUUUAUUCUCUGCACAGAAGUUUUGAUAUCUAAUCUAAAACGGGCGGAAUCAGUUAAAUCUCUGACGGGGCUUAAGGUUGCACGCGCAAGCCCGCCUGUCUCACAUCUCCUAUUUGCGGAUGAUAGUUUGUUCUUUUGUAAGGCGACAGUUGAGGAGAGUGGGGUUUUGCUGAAGAUACUCCAAGAUUAUGAACGUGCAUCAGGACAAAAUUUUUUUUUUGAUAAAUCCUCUAUCCAAUUUGGCCACACGGUGGAGACACAAGUAUGUUCGGAGAUUCACCAGAUAAUGGGGAUACAUAAGGUGGGGGGAGUUGGUAAUUAUUUGGGUAUUCCAGAGAGUCUGGGAGGCGCUAAAACAAAAAUUUUUAGUUUCUUAAUUGAUCGACAGCAAAAGCGAAUAAACGGUUGGACAUCCAAGGUUCUCUCUAAAGGGGGAAAAGAAGUGAUGGUAAAAUCAGUCCUUUCGGCGAUGCCAACGCAUGUCAUGUCAUGUUUUCGGCUACCCAAGGGAGUCACAAAUAAACUGACAAGUGCGGUGGCAAAUUUUUGGUGGAGCACAAAUUCCCAAACACGAGGGAUGCAUUGGCUCGCGUGGAGGAAGUUGUGUCGCCACAAAUCAGAUGGGGGACUAGGGUUUAGAGUAAUAGAAGACUUUAACACGGCUUUACUUGCAAAACAAUUAUGGCGGUUAAUGGAGAAUCCGGAAUCACUGUUUGCAAAAGUUUUCAAGGGGCGAUAUUUUCGGAAUUCUUCCCCCUUGGACCCGAUUCGAUCUUACUCUCCGUCAUAUGGAUGGCAGAGUAUUGUUUCGGCUCGACCUCUGGUAUACAAAGGACUUAUUAAAAGAGUUGGCUGGGUUCAUCCAUCUCCAUAUGGUAUGACCCCUGGAUUUCCGAAUCUUGCCCGAGGCCAGCUAUUUGCAAAGGAAUUAAUUACUAUCCUCAUCUGA